UUUUAUCGGCCGACCUCCACCAUCUAAUUAUCUAUCUACAAAACCCUCAAGUAUACGCAGGUGUUUAAAUUUUCAUAGAAUUAGUGCGUAAAACAAAUACUUGAAUAUAUUUAUAAGCAACAGCCCAAAGCUCAAAUACAAAAUGGCACAAAUGGAUAUGGAAUUAAAGAAGGCCUUCGCUGAAAUGCAAGUUAAUAAAUUGGAAACCACGAAAAAGAUAAACAUGAUUGACAUGAAAUGCGACAUGGUCAAGACGGGUAAACAGAAAUAUACGCUAACCGAGAAGAGCACCAGCAAUUUGACAGAUGACACAAGGGUCUACAUGUCCGUUGGCCGCAUGUUUCUGUUGACUGAUUUGGACAACAUGCGUAGCGAGCUGAAGAGCAAGCAGGACAAAUGUGAUAAGGCCAUUGAGUUGCUCGAAAAGAAGAAGGAAUUUCUGCAAAAGUCGCUUAAGGAUCAAGAGGAUGGACUGCGUGAGCUAGUGCAGCAGCGCAAGGAAGCGGAUGCACCGGCAAAAUAAAAAUGCAUACACAAUUUCCAUUCAAGGCAUUUAACAGUCUCCGUUGAUACGGACAACCAUGUGUUAUUUAUUAUUUUCAAUAUAAUGGUCGAAAUUAAAGUUGGCAAAACAAACAAA